UUAGAUUGCACACGGCAGCCGCGACCGUUUCAUGGAUAACAGAUCAUCUUUGUCAUCAGCAGCAGCGCAAAGUGUUUAUAUAUGCACCAGUAAUCAAGUUAGUUUAAUUAAAGAGUGAUUGUGUUUUUUGGUUCUGUUUAAAACAGUGACGUUUGUGAUCAUACCAGAUGAAAUCUAAUUAUCUAGGAAUAUUCUCGACUAUAGAAUAGUUUCAAGCUGGUUUACUUAUAAACUGAAGUGCUAUGCAAAGUUUGGAGUUUGGAGUUUUAAUAUACUGAUCUUUCCACAUACGUUUUUUUCCAAAAUAAUUGUACAAUAAUACUUGUGCAUGCAGUGAAGUAGUAAAUAACGUUCCAAGGUGUACUAAUCUGUACAAAUCACCAGGCAUCUCCAUUACUGCAGCCAUUCGUCAAACCAGUAACAGCAUUUUUAUCGUGCCACGAUCGUCACCGAACAAAACAUCUAGUCUUUCGUAAUCCGAUCCCGUGUGCUUGCGAUGAACCGAUCGGAUGCCAAACCGAUCAACGAACCGAUCACCGAAGAGCGGCUGUGCUCUUCAUUUGAGUGACAGAUCAAUUUACACUAAUACGAUCAGUGAGUGCGGAACGUUCCAAUAGCUGUGAUCCUGUGCUUCCGUUCCUAUACUUCUCAAUGGAUUUACUUUUUCCGGUUACAUUCCGAAAGCGCCCGUCCCAGCUAUUUUUUGGCGCUUCAGACGGAACGUCCAUUGAGAAGCUUCCGGAUAAGGUCAUCCUGCAUAUCUUUUCCUAUCUGAGCCACUUGGAGAUAUGUCGCAUGGCAACGGUAUGCCGCCGUUGGCGCACGAUAGCGUACAACACGCAGCUCUGGAAAAAUGUGUCGCUGCGGCCGGAAGUUUCGGGGCUGCACGUCGGUUCGCUGGAGUCAUUGCUGCAGCUCAUCUCGGUGCGAUUCGGAUCAUCGUUGCGUUACAUCGAGCUGCCAAUAGAGCUUAUCACGCACACCGUGCUGCAUGAGCUGUCCUCGAAAUGUCCGAAUCUGACGCACAUGCUUUUGGAUUUCUCUACGGCCAUGCAGCUGCAUGACUUCAGCGAAAUGCAAGCGUUCCCGGCUAAGCUUCGUUACAUGUGCAUCUGCCUGUCGGAGGUCAUCUUCAUGGAGGGUUUCAUGCGCAAAAUUUACAACUUUAUCAACGGGCUCGAGGUACUGCAUCUGAUCGGCACGUACGAGAAAGGUGAGGAGGAAGAGGAGGAAAUCUAUGAGGUCAUCAACGUCCAUAAGCUCAAAUCUGCCACACCGAACUUGCGCGUGAUCAAUUUAUACGGCAUCAAUUUCAUCGAUGAUUCGCACAUCGAUGCAUUCAGCUCCAACUGUAUCCAGCUCGAGUGUCUCGCUGUUAACUACUGCAACAAGGUCGUUGGAUCGACCUUGAAGGCGCUGCUGGCGAGAUCGAAGCAGCUGAAAUGCUUACUGAUGAACGGUACAAACCUGAAGUCGGAGUACGUGAUGCAAGCAGAGUGGGACAAAUGUUCGGUGCAAGAGUUGGACAUCUCGGGCACCGAUCUGUCGACCGAGUGUCUUAUCGAUGUCUUGACGAGAAUCCCUACGCUGCGCUUUUUGAGCGCUGGUCAGAUUAAUGGCUUUAACGACUCCGUGCUGAAGGCAUGGAUGGAAAGUGGCAAUCCGAAAAGCCUGAUCGCGCUAGAUCUGGACUCUUCCGACAAUGUGUCAGACGAAGCUCUGGCCCGGUUCAUCACGCGUUACGGUGCGCAGCUGCAGGCAUGCGUGCUUUCUGGCAUGACGCACAUCACGGAUCAGCUGUGGAUGACCAUCAUGCCAAUUUUGACCAACAUUCGUAUCAUCGUGAUGGGUACAACGGAGCGGCUUGGUGGUAACAUACACGUGGACCAGCUGAUGGAUACGAUUGGUUCGCACUGUACCAAACUGGAACGUUUGGAGCUUCGUUGGGAUCCGGAAAAUCUACGAUUCUCGGACAAGAGUCAGAAAGCGAUCGAUUUACUGCGUGUAAAGUGUUUGAAGCUCCGCUGUCUUGUGCUGAGUGAUGGGCGCUACUACGAAACGGUGAAAGCCAACUUUGAACGUGCUGACCGGACGACCGUGGUUCGCACCACCACCAGCUGUCGUGUGUCGGCGUACCAUGUGUUGAGCAAUUACAACGAUUUGGUUUUCAAUUGAGUUUUUUUUUGUCGCUUAUAAUAUCCAAAGACGGUGUUUUUUUACAGUUACUAAUUUCAGAUGCAGUUCGUUCAUUCGAAACAGAAAAAACUUCAUUUUAUUGUAAACUAUGUGAGAAAUUGUUGAAAUAAAUGUUGUUUUUAAUCUCUAA